CUGUCGUGCGCGCAACAUGUAUGGAAGGUUGUUCCUUAGACGUGUGUGUUGGAAAUUGACUUAACGAGAAUUUGUGACAGAAAACAUAUUUUAAGGCGUCUAAAUUUUUUACACAAAGUGGACAAUCAAUCAAGUUUAAUAUUAGUUUCCGAUUUAACUUUCCAGAAAAAAGAAAACAAUAAACAAAAGUUUUUCCCUCACAGAAUUAUUUUGUAAUAGUUUUGUGUUUACAAUAAAUUAAUAAUUAAAUUUUGCAAGAUUAUCCUCAAAUUCGAGCAAAUACAAAAUGAUAGUGACAAAUUGAAUUCAAUUACUCAACAGAGUGUUACGUUUAUAACUUAAUUAGAAAAACAGAAGAUAAACUGAUGAUACCGAUAGUAAAACGCGAAUCGGCGAACUUCAUUUAAAUGAUCGUAUGAAGGAUCAGAACGAGAAAAAGGAAGCGGAAGAAGAUGUUGUUAGCAAGGAUGAUCGUGACGCUGAUCGUGUGCUGGGUGGUCAAAGCCGAUCUACUGGAUCUCUACGUCCAGCACAUGGAUGAAACGAUGAGGACAAUGUUGUACAGAAACAGGCGGUAUCCUAUGAAUUCUGUCUCCAAGAGAAUAAAGAGGAGCGAAGACGUCGAGGCCGAACCGGUACUCAGAGUUGGUAAUUUCAAGAAGCAGCGAUUGGACGUCGACGAGAAUUGGUACGCGAUCAACAAGAGAAUAACAGAUGUAUUAAUUCCUUAUGGAAAUGAUGCUUUGAAUCAUCCCAAUCCACUAGAUAAACACUUAAAUCCUGAUCAGUACAAGAUUGUUUUAAACGCGAUACAAACAUUCUCGAAAAACCAACAGUUCAAAGAAACAACAGUUGUAUCCAAAGUAGAAUCGAACACAUCUCGGGAUCCCAUAACGGAAAAGAAAGCGUUGGAGGACAAAAUUCUGACUUUAGACAAUCAAACUAACGUAGACAAAUUCACUAUCGAAUCUUUGAAACUCGACGAGAAGAUCUUAGAGAAGGAUUGGAAGAACGUCGAAGAGGAAACAGAAAACAAAGAGAACUCGCAAUUCGAGAUUAUCAGCACAAACGAACGGAUAAAUCCGCAGCUGUUUGAUAAUCCGAGCUUCAAGAGGAAACCUUUGGGCAAUCGGGUGCCAAAGAAGUAUUUUCCAUUUUUGGAAAAACCGGAAAAGAAUAUACGAGAGACGAAGAGGCAAAUCAAAAGUGAAAUAAUGAGUGGUAGAUUUAAGAGAAGCGCGAAAACUCUGAAUUUCACGAGAUACGAAAAGCUGGACGAAGACGGAAACGUCGUUCUCGAGUGGGAUCCCUCGUAUGACAAAGAAGUGACCUUCAGGGUCACAGCCAAGACUCUGGGCUACGUGGGCAUCGGUUUCAACGAGAAGAGCAACAUGAAGGGCGCCGACAUCCUGCUCAUAUGGGUGGACGAUCACACCGGUGCUGUCAAUCUGCUGGACUCGCACGGUACAGAGGUAAAUGCCGCGCCGGUCACCGACAAUUCCCAGGACGUUCGAGUGCUCGGCGGUUCCCAAAACGAGACCCACACCACCGUGACGUUCGUCAGGAACUGGGAGACGUGCGAUCCUCAGGAUCACCAGCUCACGGGAGAUACAAUCAGAGUGUUGUGGGCCCUUCAUCAGAACGAUCCAGAAUUGAAUACGCCGGUGUGGCACGAGAAUAAACGAGGUGGUAAGGCUCUGAGGCUAAAGACAGCUGCGGCACACUCGCCACCGCGAGAGAUUCACAAUGUGCAUCACUGGGACGUAAAGCUCAACAAAUUCGAAGUCUCAGACAGCAAGGACACGAUCUACUGGUGCAAAAUCUUUAAGGUCCCACCGAUUGUCUCGAAAGAGAAACAUCACAUGAUAGGGUACACACCGAUCAUAGAGAAGGCGAAUGAAGAUUUGGUCCAUCACGUGAUCCUGUACGAGUGCGCAUCGACGGAUCCGAUUCUUGGAGAGCACGCCAGACUUGUCGGUACCGAUUGCUACAGCCAAACGAUGCCGGCGGCAUGGGAAACGUGUCUGCAGCCCAUUCUCGCUUGGGCUCGCGGCAGUAAAGGAGAGUGGUUGCCAGAACACGUGGGUGUACCUAUUGCAGAACAUCGCAAUAACUCAUAUUAUAUGCUGGAAGUUCACUAUAAUAAUCCGAGCCUGAGGAAGGUAAUCGACAGCAGCGGCGUAAGACUUCAUUUGACUCCAAGGCUUCGUCCUCAGGAAGCAGGUAUUCUUGUGGCUGGCGUGGCGGUAAGUCCCCUGCAUAUGAUACCUCCCAAACAAAAGGAGUACGCCACCGCCGGAUAUUGCACUCCCCAUUGCACGAACACGAUGUUCCCUGUCAACGGCAUCAAUGUUGUAUCUGUCGUCCUGCACUCACAUUUAGCCGGUCGCCGUCUCAGCUUGAAGCAUAUUCGGCAAGGAAAAGAAUUGCCGAAGAUAGUUCAAGACAAUCAUUUCGACUUUGAUUAUCAACAAUCUCACACCUUAGAGAAAGAAGUGAAAGUGUUACGUGGCGACGAGCUCGUCGCAGAAUGCGUUUACGGCACUUUAGAUAGAACGAAACCGACGUUAGGUGGUUAUGCGGCUUCCCAGGAAAUGUGUCUAGCAUUUGUCGUGUAUUAUCCCAAAACGUCUCUUGCUGCCUGUUAUAGCAUGACGCCUGUUAAGGAUCUUUUCAAGACUCUUGGCGUGAAGAGUUUCAAGGGAAUGACAAUGAAUCAUCUGGAAAAACUAUUCCUAACAAUAGGAACUGACUCGGCUUCAUCUUCGACCAAUCAGCAACAAUUCUCUUCUUAUCCCAUCGCGGAAACGACGGACAAGAUCGACGAGGUUCUCAUUAAAGAAGCUGAGUCCGCGUUAAGAGCGAUGAAAGAUUACACAGAAGAACGCGAGAGCGAUAAUAUCUUCACGCGACUCAUUAUCGAAGAACCCGAAGAAUUCCGAGGACGAACUAUGGCUGAACAUAUGUUGGCUUUGCCAUGGUCGGAGGAAUUGCUCGCUAGAUCAAUAGAAAAAACUCUGUAUCACGGCAGACAUAUGACAUUCUGCAGAAAGAAAGACGACAAAUUAGCAUUGCCGGCAGAUAUUCAAAACUUUCCCAACUAUACAGCGCUUCCGGAAUCGAAUGACACGAGUUGCAGUAACUUGAAGAGUACUUCCGGCUCGUCUAAUGUUCCUCAAGUUUUUCACAUUUUCGUGAUAAACCUGGUUACUAUCAUCUUCGUAAUGAUUGUUGUGUUCUAAGAUGCUAAACCGUUUAGUCAAUGACAGUCAGUAACAAGUGUUGCAUGACAAAUAUGAUUCGCGCGCGAAUGCACUGUCAAUUAUGCGAAUAUGAUAUACAAUAUUGCUCCCUAAGUUACGAAGUUUCCUGUAUAUUUUUGAAUUUAUAACUUUUCUUGUUUAAUUUAUUAAUGUAAACGAUUAUUGCGCUGGUCAAUUUUCCUUUGUAAGGAAAAUUACACAAACUUUAUGAAAACUUUUCAUCAAUUUGGCAUCUACUAGACGUAUAAAAUAGACGUAGAAAAAUAAAAAAAAAAAAAUAUAUAUAUAUAGAAAUAUAUAAUAUAAUAUAUAUAACAUGUGUAAAUAUAUGUGAGUAUAUAUUACCAAUGUAUAUUUAUACGAGACGUACAUUUUCGUUAGUAAUGUUUAAUUU